AUGGCGAAUUCGGUGUCCAGUGUAGAAGUUCAACAAUUAAUUAAAGAUGCAAUUUCUAAAGAUAAAGUAGUAAUAUUUUCAAAGUCAUAUUGUCCUUAUUGCGAUUUGGCUAAAGAAGUUUUCUCCAAAGUGAAACAACCUAUCCAAGUAUAUGAGCUAGAUAAGCGAGAUGAUGGCAGUGCUAUUCAGGCCAAUCUGGCCCAGCUGACUGGAAUAAGAACCGUGCCACAGGUGUUCAUCAAUGGCAACUGUGUUGGAGGUGGCACAGAUGUUCAGAAAUUACUCUCUACUGGCCAGUUGGAGCCCAUGCUUAUUGGCUAA